GGUUUAAAUCGGUCCCGAGCGUUGCUCUCGCGCUCAGGCGCGGCGGAACGGCCCUCUCGGCGGUGCGCACGUUGGCACCGGGUGCCCCCCGAAGUUCGAAAUGUCAUGGCGUCCGAGGCGAGCGAUGCUGCUGGCACUGCUGCUGCUCUGCGCGGGCUGCCUGCUCCGAUUCGGAGCCGGCCAGGCCGAAUCCGAUGACGAUGCCGGCCUCGAGGCGGCCGAGGCCGAGUCCCCGAGCGCCUCCAUCCCCCUCGAGCUGCAGCUGCCGCAGGGGCGGUCGACGGAGCUGGCGCUCUUGACCGCGGCCGAUCCGGUGGUGAACGGCACGAGGACCGCGUACAUUUUGCAGUCCACGACGAUUCAGUUCCACCUCGUGCUCCAGCUGCAGGACGUGGGCAACGAGUCGUUCUGCUGGAUGGCGGUGAUCAACGCGGUCAAGCCCUCGGAGCUCGCGUGGCGAGCCCCGUGCGCUCCCGUCAAGGCGACGAGCUGCUGCGUCCGCUUCACGACUCGGGGCGACCUGCAGCUCUUUCUGCCCGAGACGAUGAGCGUGGCGUGGCAGACCAACACCUCGGACCGGGGCGUCAAAAUCCUUCGACUUUUGGACUACGGGACCUGGCUUCUUCUUCGAACGCACACGGAGGUCGUAUGGCAAACCUCUCAGCAUCCUGUGCCGAAGAACUGCUUGAUCCCGGGGCCUAUCUUGAUGGACAAUGCUUCUCUCUACGCCCCUCCCUCUCCCCUAGCCGCCGAGUCUGGGAACUGCUCGAGACACGGUUCUCUGCUUGCCGUCUGUUGCCUCAUCGGUCUGGUCGUGGUCUUUCUCGUGUUCUGAGCAUGUCCGCUAGAAUUCUUCGCGUCAUCCGAUUCAGAAGCUCGUGGAGAACUUCCGCUGGUGCAAGUACGGUUUUUCCGCUCCUUGCGGGCGUUCGACACACUGAGGGAUGAAAAUUUCGGGCCUCUACGUAAAAAUCCAUCUCAAACCUAGCUCUUUGUGCACGGGGUUCCCUGCGUGAACUUCCGUUUGAGUUCUGCUUGCGAUCUCCGACGAGGUGGAACGAAGGCGAGUGUGGAAUCCCUGGUGCAGAUGAGGGUGAGGAACGAAAUAAGGUGUCACACACAAUCUCGUUAUCAGUAUUCCUACCCGGCUCAAAUUCUUACCUUAUGGAGAUUGGGCAGUUCCAUCUCCAGCUGCAUGGUCGAAAUCUAUCGUGGGAGGGAGGACCACUUCCGAAAUUUUGAAGAUCAUGAAGCGAGCAACGUCCAACUUUUAUGUUCGAAGAUCUGAUCAGCCUGAAGGUUGGUCCGCCUGCGGAAUGCGGCGGCGGCGGCGGCGGAGCGUCAAUAGUUGAGGCUAGCUACCCUGAGGAAGCAGGAGGGCUAAGAAGGCCAUCGAAGGUAGCAGAUCAAUGAAACAAGAGUCGUGCACGCUUCGUGUUGUGCACGGAAGGACGUGUACGCCAUGCGGACCUGUCGAGCUCUCCAACCUCUCAAAGUUUGGGAUGCUGGACUUCCCCUUCAGUUUCGUUGUCGACUGUUAUUCAAAAUGGGAACAGUACGUUGUAGAGCUCGUCUCAUAUAUUCUGUCAUUGCGGAUUUGAGUGACGAUUAAUUUCUCCGACGAUUGUGAAGCGUAGGACUUUAAUCGUCACAGCAUUAACUGCACUUAAUGAACGAAUGACCUUUCAGCUCUGGAUUGUAGCUUAUGUUGAUCGAUUUGUACAGCAUCAGCCUGAAGAUCAUAACGAAUUUUCGACCAUAUACUGCUA